GAAAGAAAAGCCGGCUGUUUGCACCGGUCAUCAUCGAGACCUGAGCUUGCCGACAGCUGACCGUAUUGGUUUAUUUACUUGUCAAAUUUUGAUUUCUUUCGCAUAAUGCCCGGGUUUUCUGACAGAGAUCGAAGCCGAGACAGAAGUUAUGGCGGCGGGUCCCGUUUUGGUGCCGGCCGUGGCGGCCCAGCCCCGGGAAAGUUUGGGAACCCAGGUGAACGGCUGCGCAAGAAGCACUGGAACCUGGAUGAGCUGCCCAAGUUUGAGAAGAACUUCUACAAGGAGCAUCCAGAUGUCACACGGAGAUCUACUCAAGAAGUUGAGCAAUACAGGAGAAGCAAAGAAGUCACAGUGAAAGGCAGAGACUGCCCAAACCCUAUUAUGAAGUUUCAUGAGGCUACUUUUCCAAACUAUGUGAUGGAUGUGAUCACUAAACAAAACUUUACUGAGCCUACACCCAUUCAAGCCCAAGGCUGGCCUUUGGCCUUAAGUGGGAAGGACAUGGUUGGAAUUGCACAGACUGGAUCAGGGAAAACUCUUUCAUAUCUAUUGCCUGCAAUUGUGCACAUCAAUCAUCAGCCAUUCCUGGAACCUGGUGAUGGUCCAAUUUGUUUAGUGCUUGCUCCAACCCGUGAGCUGGCCCAGCAAGUUCAGCAGGUUGCAGCUGAGUACGGGCGUGCAUCACGUCUAAAGUCCACUUGCAUUUAUGGAGGAGCCCCCAAAGGACCACAGAUUCGGGAUCUUGAAAGAGGUGUUGAAAUUUGCAUUGCAACCCCUGGAAGACUUAUUGACUUCCUUGAAGCUGGGAAGACCAAUUUAAGGAGGUGCACCUACCUGGUCCUAGAUGAGGCUGACAGAAUGCUUGACAUGGGCUUUGAGCCACAGAUCCGAAAAAUUGUCGACCAAAUCAGACCGGACAGGCAGACCCUUAUGUGGAGUGCCACUUGGCCCAAGGAGGUGCGGCAGCUGGCUGAGGACUUCUUAAAAGAUUAUGUGCAGAUUAAUGUGGGUGCACUUCAGCUGAGCGCCAACCACAACAUCCUUCAGAUUGUGGAUGUGUGUAAUGAUGGUGAGAAGGAUGACAAACUUCUCCGACUGCUUGAAGAAAUCAUGAGUGAGAAAGAAAACAAAACCAUUAUUUUUGUAGAGACCAAGAGACGAUGUGAUGACCUUACAAGGAGAAUGAGGAGAGAUGGGUGGCCAGCAAUGGGGAUUCAUGGGGAUAAGAGUCAGCAAGAAAGAGACUGGGUUCUGAAUGAAUUCAAAUUUGGAAAGUCACCAAUACUCAUUGCCACAGAUGUUGCCUCCAGGGGUCUAGAUGUGGAAGAUGUGAAAUUUGUCAUCAAUUAUGACUACCCUAACUCCUCUGAGGACUAUAUUCAUCGCAUUGGAAGGACUGCACGUAGUCAAAAAACAGGCACCGCUUACACCUUCUUUACUCCUGGCAACAUGAAACAAGCCAGUGACCUCAUCUCUGUCCUUCGAGAGGCCAAUCAAGCAAUCAACCCCAAACUCAUCCAGAUGGCAGAAGAUAGAGGAGGUCGUUCAAGGGGGGGAAGAGGUACCUACAAGGAUGACCGCCGGGAUAGGUAUUCUGGUGCAAGGAGAGAUUUUGGUAGUUUUAGGGACAAGGAGAAAGAUGGGGGCUUUAGCAGUGGAGCACAGAAUGUUUUUGGCACAAAGAUGCAGAAUGGGGCUUUUGGAGGAGUUGGCUACAAUAGCAGCAAUAGCAAUGGCUUUGGGAAUGGCUAUGUUAGCAAUGGACAGUCAAACUUUGGUGCUACAAACCAAGCUAGCACAUUUGUGAAUCCAAACUUCCAGAACCAGCAGUUUGGAGGAAACCCUGGGAGUUCCCAGAAUGGGAUGGGCCACCCACAGUUUGCUUAUAAUGCGCAGCAGCAGCCACAGCCCAUGGUACCAUAUCCCAUGCCGCCAACUUUUCCACAGUAAAAGGCACUGAAAACCUGUAGACCUUAUUUUACAUGAAGCACAUUAUUUCAUCCCACCCCUACAGUAGGGUUGGAACAUCUAAUCCUCAAAUCCUACAGGUAUCUGUGUUAGUGUUCUUCAGUACUAAUUUUUUUUUCCUUGUAGGUUUGGCAUAUAGUUUGUGUAUAUAAAAAGUGAUAUGUUCAUUGAAGGCAAUUCAUGACCUGUCCUAUUAAUAAAAAAUAAAAAAAUGUUGUGACUUGUU